AUGUCUGACGAAGAACAACAUGUCUUUGAAACCGCUGACGCUGGUUCCUCUGAAACUUACCCAAUGCAAUGUUCUGCUUUAAGAAAGGGUGGUUUCGUCGUUAUCAAGGGUAGACCAUGUAAGAUUGUUGAUAUGUCCACUUCCAAGACUGGUAAGCACGGUCACGCUAAAGUUCAUUUAGUCGCAUUAGAUAUUUUCACUAAUAAGAAAUUGGAAGAUUUAUCUCCAUCCACUCAUAACAUGGAAUGUCCAUUCGUUAAGAGAACUGAAUAUCAAUUGUUAGAUAUCGAUGACGGUUACUUAUCUUUGAUGACCAUGGAUGGUGAAACUAAGGAUGAUGUCAAGAGCGCAGAAGGUGAAUUAGGUGACUCUAUGCAAGCUGCUUUUGAUGAAGGUAAGGAUUUGAUGGUCACUAUCAUCUCUGCUAUGGGUGAAGAAGCUGCUAUCUCUUUCAAGGAAGCUCCAAGAUCUGAUUAA